GGACACAGAGAGACACAGGGAGACAGAUACACAGGGGGAUACAGAGAGGGAGAGACACACAGAGACACACACAGGGGGACACAGAGACAGAGUGAGAGACACACAAAGAGGGACACAGAGAGGGAGACACAGGGGGAGACACAGGAGGAGGCGGCAUGGAGUUUGUGCGCGGCUUGAUGAGCGGCGCCGAGAGGCUGCAAGAGGAGGGCAACGAGGUGCUGGUGGAGGAGCGGCACGAGGAGGAGGAGCGGGAGCAGGAGGAGGAGCAGGAGGAGCAGGAGGGCUCCGCGGAGACGCGGAGGGGGCCCCGCGCCCGGCACAGAGAGGAGGAGGAGGACGUGGAGCAGGGAGACGUGCAGCUGCGGAACACUGAGCGGUGGAGCAGCCAGCAAUGCUUUCAGUUCAAGCGAGAAUACUGCUACGUGUUCCUCAUCGCCGUCCUGUUUGUUGCCGUCAUCGUCUUGGGCGCAAACUACUCCCGCAAAGAGCCCAAGAAGGAGGAGCUCAAGACUUGCAUGAGCGAUGUGUGCGUCAGUGCGGCGACACAGAUGCUCACCUACAUGGACCCAAGCGUGCCUCCCUGUGGAGACUUCUACCGCUACGCGUGCGGGCGCUGGGGUGCGCGCUACCCGCCUCCGGGAGGGAAGAAGCGCUGGAGCGUCUGGGACAUCAGCUUCCAUCACAAUCUGGAGCUCAUCAAAAACAGGCUCGAGAACGGCACGUUCGUCAAACGUGAGAAUCUGGCCGCGUACGACGCCCAGGCGUUCUACUUGGCCUGCAUGGACGAAGAAAGAGUCGAGGACGUUGGGGCUACUCCCCUGCUGGAGCUUCUCAAGGAGUUUGGUGGCUGGGGUGUUCUGGGCAACUCGAGUCACCUGCAUCUGACGGAGCUGAUGACACAUUUGUCACGCAAGUUCUUGUCUCCAGCCCUCUUCGACAUUGAUGUUGUUCCUGGGAUUGACAGCCCAGAAAUGUUUUACAUCAAGCUUUCUACACCCAAGUUGAGUCUGCCAUCACUUUAUUACUCCAAUAAUCCCGUGAACAAGAUACUGCCUGCAUACAAAGAGUACAUGAUGCGUGUGACAAGGCUGCUGGGUGGAGGAAAUUCAUCAUGCGCAGAAAUGGAGAAGGUGCUGGCAUUUGAACAGGAUUUGGCCGAGAUAAUACCUGACUCCAAGGUUGAAGGCUCCGUGAACAGGACCAUUAAUGAAUUACAGUUUGGUGGCUGGGGUGUUCUGGGCAACUCGAGUCACCUGCAUCUGACGGAGCUGAUGACACAUUUGUCACGCAAGUUCUUGUCUCCAGCCCUCUUCGACAUUGAUGUUGUUCCUGGGAUUGACAGCCCAGAAAUGUUUUACAUCAAGCUUUCUACACCCAAGUUGAGUCUGCCAUCACUUUAUUACUCCAAUAAUCCCGUGAACAAGAUACUGCCUGCAUACAAAGAGUACAUGAUGCGUGUGACAAGGCUGCUGGGUGGAGGAAAUUCAUCAUGCGCAGAAAUGGAGAAGGUGCUGGCAUUUGAACAGGAUUUGGCCGAGAUAAUACCUGACUCCAAGGUUGAAGGCUCCGUGAACAGGACCAUUAAUGAAUUACAGAAGGAGUUUCCCUUCCUCAACUGGACCCUGUACCUGAGUGGACUGUUCUCUAAUGGGACGUACGAAAACCAGCCCCUCAUCAUUGACUCGAUUCCCUACUUCCAGAAACUGUCCGAUUACGUGAAAAAAUCUGACCCCAAAACAUUGACCAACUACGCGCUGUGGAUGCUCAUCCAGAAGAUGAUCCCCAGCUUGGAUUACAGAUUUAGGAAGGCCGCCCUCAUCAUGGCCGAAGCGAUUGAUGAGACCACGGAGCCUGUGCGCCGCUGGGAGUUCUGCAUGGAUCUGGCAGACAAGUCUUUGGCCUACGCCCUGGGGGAGAUUUUUGCGAUGAAAGAAAUCACGGCGAAAAGAAAAGAUGAUGUGAAGAACAUGAUCAAGAAUAUGAAGGACGCCUUUAAAGAUAAUCUGGAUCACCUACCCUGGAUGGACAACAAGACUCGGCUUGCCGCGAAGGAGAAGGCAAAAAACAUCCAGUCUGCGGUUGGUGAGGAUGACUACAUGGAAGAUGUCUCGAAUGUGGAUGAUAUCUACCAAGAUUUCAAGGUUGUUGAAGGCAGAUUCUUUGAAACCAUGGUCAAUUUCUACAAUUACACAUCCAUAAGGACCAUACGAACCAUGUGGACCGGCAAGAUGAAAUGGAGGGCCCCACCGCAGACCGUGGAUGCCUUCUACUACUACGAGAGCCUCAACACGAUGUACAUUCCAGCCGGCAUCAUGCAGGAGCCCUUUUACCAAGAUGUCUACCCCACGUUCCUGAAAUACGCUGGGAUUGGAACGGUCAUCGGUACAUGAGCUGUGUCACGGAUUUGACAACAAAGGGAGCGAGUACAACGUGGAAGGCAAACAGGAAAACUGGUGGGAGAAUGCGACGCACAAUGAGUUUAAAUUGCGAACGCACUGCAUGGAGGUGCAGUACAGCAACUACACGUGGAAGGAGAGGCGCAUCAACGGAACGCAGACCCUGGGGGAAAACAUCGCGGACAACGGCGGCCUGCACACUGCACUUCUCGCCUAUGCACGCUGGGAAGAGCAGCAUGGCAAGGAAGAGCCCCUCCCCUACCUAAACCUCACCAACAAGCAGGCGUUUUUCGUUUGGUUUGCUCAGCUCUGGUGCUCGAUGGAAAAGGAAUCGGCGGAAGUGGAGAUCGAGGACGCGCUAAGCGAUUCGCACAGCCCAGCGGCUGUGCGUGUCCGUGGCAUGGUCUCCAACUCGCCGGCAUUUGCCGAGGCCUUCACCUGCCCCAUGGGAGCUGCCAUGAACCCCGAAGAGAAGUGCCGCAUAUGGUGACGAGGAGCCGGGGAUGGUGGGACCCACCUCGCCCCGCAGGCCCAACACGAACGAGUGCACAGCAUCCGUGGGCUGUGGCUUGACACGUGGCGGGGAGAGGGUCACUUCAGCGAGGUCCAGACACACCGGCGGCCUCGUGGGGGGUCUCGUGGGGGCACGCUCGGCAGUUUUCAUAAUAAACGGGAAGUGUUUUUUAUUUGGCGCCCUGUACAUCAAGGUCUCAGAGCGUUUUAUGCCUUGUGGGCAUAAACGCAGAAGGGGGCGGUGGUCGCCACGCGCAAUCCCGGUUUGGGUGAUUUUAGAAUCCCAAUCUGUUGCCACCUUUGUUGUGGCUGCCCGUGGUGUUUUUCUUUCCAGGUCUUUGUGUUCAUGAACUCGCAUGGUUGUCACGUGCGUGCGCUCCCGCAGCCUCCGGUAAUUCCGGCGUCUACCCGGCAGUCGUUAAUUCUGUGCUUUGCAGAUAUUUUAACGCUUCCGAAGUGUGCGGGCAUCCAAAGCGUUUCCUGAACGAGGUACUAAUGCUCUACCCGUCUUGGGGUCGCAUUAGAGAGUCUUCCUGCUCUCGCGAUCGGUGGCCCUUGAGCCAGUGGAGAUGUCGUACAGCGGAGUCCCUUAUCUCCACAGCGCGACCAUUGCUGGGGCUUCCCACAAAGUGGUACUCAAUUUCAGAGCCCCGGGCAAAAGAUAGGCUGAGUUAAUUUGACCGAGUCAGGGAUCUAACAGGGUCAGUUUUCAUGUCUAGUAUGUUUUACUUACAUUUUAGCAGAGUUAAAUACUGUAAUCCCUCGCCAAACGCAGGGGUUAGGUUCCUGGAAAAGGCUGCGGUAGGCAAAUCCGUGGCUGGUGAAGUACAGGGGCAGGCAAAGUGGCGCUUUGAUACAAUAAAAAUGGACUGUGACGGAAUCGCCGAUCAUGCAGAUAUUAGCCAAUCAAAAAAGGGGGCAUAUCACGUGACUUUACACUCAUCAAUAGAAUUACUCGGUCCAUGGAUCGGAUGGCAAUGAAUCAACACAGCGAUUAACCUUCAAAUUAUGAACCGAUCGUGAUUAACCUAUCUUUUUAUCUUUAUUUCUUAUAUUUUACAUGUUUAUCGUGGUGCUAUUGGUGGGAUUAGUAAUGCUGUGGUUAUUUUCUUUAACAAGGCAAAUCAAUGUGUAUGACAAGCAACUUAUGCGGUUGUGAUGUGACGCGGUCUAUGCUCUGCGAGAAUUACAGCAGUCCAUCGGUUAACAGUGACAUCGGUUAACGGUUUUUCGGUUAACGUUUCGCCUCCGAUAGGACCCCAUGGUUACGACUGACGUUAACAUUUCGAUUAGCGACACGUUUACGUUCUGCACGCGGGCGCCAAUUUCGGCCAAUCUGAGCGCUUAAAAAAAAAAGAGGCUGAGCCAUGCCCUCAGCCAAUCAACGACGCCUAUUUAUGUGCGUUAAGUCCUCGACUGGCUUUGUUUACAUUAUACGAUUUCUGAUUUGGCAGUAGAAACAGCUCUCUUGCGGACUCAUGUAAUUUCCAUAUUCGAUUCACAGUUAUUUCGGUGAGCAGCUUUCGUGGAACGGAUUAAGAACGUUAACCGAGGAACUACUGUAGUGUCCUGUGUAACAAAAGAGAGGGACAGCUCUGAUCAAGCUGCGCAGCGCAACGGGUGGCCACGGGUGGCCACGGGUGGCCACGGGUGGCCACGGGUGGCGCUGUGGCACGGAGAACCGCGACCGCGUGACAUUUGUAAAUGUGUCGUGAGUUCAACUGAGUCGCAGACGUACUCUUGGAGGCAACACAUUUAUUUAAUAAAACACGCGGGGUAACUGCCCCUUCACAGAAUAACAACCUAUGGUGGUGACUACCAGGCACCUACACUAAUUACAACGUAACUGCUACUACGGACCGGACCACAGCUCGGAGACUCGAUACAACGUCGACGUAGAUUUCUUCAGGAUGAACAGCGCCAGUCCCUCUGAGGGACUCGGCUUCUAUUCUCUCCGGCGUGGCUGCUCCAACCCUUGGCCACGACCACCUUCCAGAAUCCUCGAGCAGGAUCUGGACCCCGACCACGUGACCACCCCUAGCCCCCACUCGGGGCCCCUUUGUAGACUUCACCGGUCACGUGUCCUCUCGGGUCAGCCAGAGUGCCAUGGCCUUUAGUAACCCCUUUCCUACGGCUGGCACUCCCACACCCUGUCCUGUAGGGCUGGCACUGCACGCCAAGCGUGAUGCCAUCCAGAGCUAUCAACCAGUACUCACCGAGCCCCUCUAGAGCCGAUACUACACCCACACCAUCGUGGUGUCCGCGAUGUCGUUACAUCGCACGCCGUGCCUCUCUCGGGCCGGCACUACACAAGUGACAUCCCGUGAUGUCACUACAAAUGCGUGUGGCGGGACCCCGUGCUCACCUGUGGAUACUCACAUUUCCAGGCCGCGGUUGGUCAAUUGGUAUACACUUAAUAAUAAAACAUGUGUACGCGAAUUCCGUGAUUGGUAAGUUUGCGGUUGGUGAGGGAUUGCUGUGCUAUUUUUGUCUUGUUGAAGGCUUCAGGCUGAUAUAAGUGGUUUUCUUUAUUUGCGGUGUAUAAGGGAAAAUAGGUGUGUCCCAUUCUCUGAACUUUUUUUUACAAUCAUAGCCAUAACACAGGCCGAUGAGAAUCUACACGUGUUACAAUUGACAGUGAAAAGUGAUGGGAGUCAAUCCUGGAGCAGGGUUGAUUGGGCAGUGUACAAGACAGUUGUGUUGGCACUUCUCGACGAGGUCCGUUAACCAAUUGCACAUCUGCAGUAGGGGUGACCCAACACACCACUAUAAUAAGUUCGCAAAUACCACACUGUAUAUUCUGCAUGUGUAUUGUAUUUUCCUCUAGAAACGUUAGAUUUGUCCUGUAUUUAGUUUCGAGUGGAGAAACUUACAACAUUGCGGUUGUGUAUUUCAUUGCUAUUCAUGUAUAAUUGGUUUUUCACAGCUGUCACGAAGCCAGAGCCUGCAGUCAAAUGUCUUGGCAACAAUUAAAAAAUCUGGAAAAGCGGCAUCGGCUCGGCAGCGCCAGCGUUUGGGUGAUCCCACGAGGCCCCGUGAUGCGUGCCGCCGGCCGGGGAGUUGCAGAUUUUUGUGGAGUUGCGUGGCCAAUUGAUCCUAGAAUUUGCGAAAUUUAACGGUUUUUUAAGUUGUGGUAAAAAAAAUGCCUUAUUAGACGGCAACGAUAAUUGUAAACCGUCAAUUGCACUAUUUACAAGAUGUUUUGCCAGUGUGGAAGAGAAGGUCAAACCACCACGUGGCCACUGGGCCUGGAUGCCCAGCAGUAGGGAUGGCCCCAAUACAUCGCAUGAUUACAAAAUGCAUAUCAGGGGUUGGCAGGGUGGGUGCGUUAACCUUAUCCGUGGGCUUCUGCAGCCAAUAUUCGGAUUCGUAAGCAUCGUCAGGUCACGAAAUCAAUGAUGAUGCUUGCGAAACGUGUCUAAUUGCUGCUAGAUUUUGUCGUGAGAAUUGUUCAACUUACAGGUGAAACAAUUGUGGCGCGUUAAAACUUUUGCACUCAUAGCAUUUAAAUGUUGUUCGCUACGUCGUGCGGUGGAGGGCUUUGCAACAAAAUAUUGGCCGGUUCAUUACGUGACCUAACUCAAAUUAUGAAUCGCAAUAGGUGUUUGGAAGGUGAAGUUUCCUAAUAAUAUUAAUGUAACAGAUAGGGUGCCACCUUUUCUGGGUUCGACCCAGAGUCAAAAAUUGGCAUGUGUUCGGGUGGCAACAACCAAUUUGUCAGGGUUUGGUUUGUGGAAACCGGCACUCCUUUGUACACUCCGAUGCCUUCCAAUUAUGGGGGUUGUGCGAUUAUGAUUCAAUAUCCUGUGCCUGCGAUUCAUCCCAAAAUAUGAUUUGCAUUCAAUUGUACGUAAUUGUCACUUAAUUUCAUCGUUUUAAGUGAAAGUAACUGUGAUAUUUGGCUGAUGGUAUGUGGUUGUAAAAGUGAGAUGUAUUACGUAUUUUUCUCAUAUACUGUGUAGAUUGGUGAUGAGCUCUGCCAGAUGAGAUGGUUUGGUUGAAUUUUUUUGGUCUUUUGGAGAUUGUGAAAACUUAUGUAAUGUGUGCUGCGCAGGAUCGUGAUUAAUGGUGACACACAAAUAAAGGUGAUUGCUUACGGAA